ACGUCAUCGAAUGCAAUCUAUGAAAACUGAGACUGAGAAGAAAGCUUCAAUCCAAUGCCGCAUCAUUGACAUUGACCUGGAAACAAAUUCGCUACCGGCAACGAGCCAGCGACCGUCGCGACGCGACCGACCAGGCUCAGCUCGGAAGCUACCGGGAGAUCCGGGCAAAAUGCACUCUACGAAAUGGCCUUAGCGUCGACUGUCACCGAUUUCUCAUCGUAUACUCAGCUCCGCCAUUCGUCAAAGGCGGGAGCUCCAUUCUAAUUAAGAUCGUAAAAACAACAAUGGCUUCAUCAAAGGAAGGAACACCCCGUGUUCUGGUGGCCUUGGACUGCGAUCACACCAUCAUUGAUGGUAACUCGGACACUUGGAUCAUGGCACUCCUACCUGAUCACAUGGUCCCAAAAGAAAUUAAGAAGCGAUUCAAAAAAGAGCAUAACAGCUGGACUAUCUACAUGGGUGAGAUCUUUGAGUACAUGCAUUCGAUAGGCAUUGGUGAGGCAGCGCUCCAUGAUUCGAUCGCAGGUAUACCUUUGACGCCAGGAAUGAAAGAACUAUUUGAAUAUCAAGCAUCAUGUCCGCAGCUGGAUUUCAUCGUCAUAUCUGAUUCCAACUCGUACUUCAUAGACGUCAUUCUCGGGUCGCAGGGUUUUCAGAAAGGAGUCAACAAGAUCUAUACCAACCAAGCAGAGUUCAAUGCGGAUGGUUGCCUUAAGAUCCACUUUUCAAAUCCUCAUACCUGCCCGCGAAAAUGUCCAAAGAACCUCUGUAAACAAACAUCAUUACGAGGUUUCCUAGAAGAGCAGAGGUCAAAGGACAUUGAGUAUGACAGGGUGUGUAUGGUUGGAGAUGGACAGAACGAUUUCUGUCCUUGUUUCUGUUUGAAGGAACAAGACUAUGUCUUCCCAAGGAAAGGUUAUUCCCUUGUCAAACUCCUACAAGAAAGGAAGGAAAGACAGAGUUCUGAUGAUGGUGAUGAUAUUAUAGCUACAGCAAAACCUUGGGACUCUGCCACAGAGAUCUUGAAUGUUGUGAAGGGUUUCUUUGACAGUUGAUGUCAAGGAGUCGUAGUAAUUUAGUGUUAGAGUAGUUCUCUAAAUGUGUUGAGUAUACAUUUGAUGCAGUAUUUGGUACCCUGGGGUACCAAAUAAUAAUCCGCCAUUUUGUUGAAUUAUUUAUUUUAUUUUUGCUC